AUGUCGGGGCAGACGCUGACGGACCGCAUUGCCGCGGCGCAAUACAGCUUGACGGGAUCGGAGGUUGCUCGAGCUGUCUGCAAAGCCACCACUCAUGAGCAGACAGCACCCAAGAAAAAACACCUGGAAUACCUGAUUGAGGCCACCAAGGAGACCAACGUGAACAUCCCACAGAUGGCGGACACGUUGUUUGAGAGGGCCACCAAUGCCAGCUGGGUGGUGGUGUUCAAGGCCCUGAUCACUACGCAUCACAUGAUGGUCGCUGGCAAUGAGAGGUUCCUCCAGUUCCUUGCCUCCAGGAACACCCUCUUCAACCUCAGUAACUUUCUGGACAAAACUGGCUCCCAUGGCUACGACAUGUCCACGUUUAUUAGACGCUACAGCCGGUACCUCAACGAGAAGGCGUUCGCCUACAGGCAGAUGUCCUUCGACUUUGGCAGAGUAAAGAAGGGAGCUGAGGGGGUGAUGAGGACGAUGCCUGUAGAGAAGCUGUUGAAAGGAAUGCCCACUCUGCAGAGCCAGAUCGAUGCCCUGCUGGAGUUUGAUGUCCAUCCCAAUGAACUGACCAAUGGGGUGAUCAACGCGUGCUUCCUCCUGAUGUUCAAAGACCUGAUCAAGUUAUAUGCCUGCUACAACGACGGGAUCAUUAAUCUAUUAGAGAAAUUUUUCCAGAUGAAGAGGGGACAGUGCAAAGAUGGGCUGGAGAUCUACAAGAGAUUCUUGACCCGGAUGACCAGAGUCUCUGAGGUCUUCAAAAUCGCUGAGACCAUCGGAAUUGACAAAAAUGAUAUCCCCGAGCUCACCCAGGCCCCUGAGAGUCUCCUGCAGUCCCUGGAGACUCACCUGAACACUCUGGAGGGGAAGAAGCCAGAGGAUGUUCACAGAGACGAUGUGUCACCGACCAAGGAGUGUGAAGAAAAUGGCUCCCCGGCCGCAGCCGCCACGCCUACAAAGGCUCCAGCGGCCCCUGCAGCUGCUGCUGCUCCAGUUGCUCCUGCCCGCCCUGGACCACCUGCCAGACCCACGGCGGCACCCACCUUCAAGAGCUCCAACAAUGCUUUGCUAGACUUGGACCCAUUGUCAGACUCCCCAUCAGCAGGUGGAGCAGCAGCCUCUGUCUCGUCAUGGGGAGACCUGCUUGGUGGCGGCUUAGAUACCCCCGCUGAUCCAACUAGCACCUCUGAGCCAGCCGCUGUUCCCGCCGAUGCUGCGGCCGCUCCGGCUGCCACGGCCACAGUGGCCCAUACGGAUGGCCCCGCCGCGCCCUCUGUGGCCCCCGUGGUGGUGCUGCCAGUGCCCGCCACCACCGCCUCUGACAUGGAUCUGUUUGGAGAUGCGUUUGCACCCUCCCCGGGUGACGCCCCGCCCAGCAGGGCGCCUGCUGCUGAUGCAUGUGCCGGAUCUGACCCCUUCGCUCCAUCGGAGGGGAGUGUGAACAUGGCUCCAGAGAUGGACCUCUUUGCUAUGAAGUUCGAUAACACGCUGGCUGCCCCAGAAGCAGCCAGCCCCACCUCUAGUGCAGUGCCUAUCAUCGUCGCCCCCAUCGAGCCCCCUGCUGCCACUCCAGUUCCCUCCACUACCACCACCACUGAGUCUGCAGCUGCCCCCGCCCCUGCCGUCCCCACUCUCGACCUCUUUGGUGAUUCUAUGUUUGAGAAAAGCCCUACCGCAGAAAAAGCUGAUGCUGCUGUUACUCCUAGCGUAGAUCUAUUUGGGGCAGAUCUCCCUACUAUCUCUCGCGGGCCCUCUCCUUUGCCUCCCGAGGCCAAUGCUGAUGAAGACCUCUUGUCUGGUGUGACUGAUGCAUUCUCUGCUAUGGCUCCAGCACCAGCAGUGGCUCCAACUCCAGCUCAAGCCCCGGAUCCAGCUCCAGCUCCAGCCCCUGCCCCUGCAACUGUCUCUCCUCCCGACCCUGAGCCCUCUGCACCUGCACCUGUCAUUGACCUGCUAGACACAUUCAGUAGUCCUACUCUGUUGGACGCUACGCCCGCUGCCACUGGGGGACCAGAAGAGGAUCUGUUGGGUGGACUGAUGUCUCCUAGCCUGACUCCCACGGCGGCCCUUGCUCCUCUGGCCCCCACUCUGGCUCCAGCCCUCGCCCCUACCCUAGCUCCUGUCUCAGCCCAGAAUGACUUGCUGGAGGGUGGCUUCGACACCCUCGGCGCCCUGCCCCCACUAAUCCCCGCCACCCCAGCAGCUGCAGACACAGUGCCGGCCGCAGCAGCACCCUCUGGUGGCUUUGAUGCAUCAGUUUUUGGUGGAUUAGGGGACCUACUGAUGCCAGCCAUAACACCCCAGUCCACUGGGGGUAGUGUGGGCAGCACAGGCAGUGGUGGGGGGAAUACCAAGGUGGCACCCGCGGUCGGGGGUGGCAUGGCAGGUGCCACAGCUAUUAAACGGCCAUCCAUCGGGGGAGACUUGGACUCCUCACUAGCAAACCUGGUUGGAGAUCUGGGGAUUCAGAAAAAGGACCAUCAGUGGAAUGACAAGAAGCUGACAGGAGGAUCUAACUGGACCCCCCAGGUAGCCCCUCCCAGCUGGGGCGCUCCUGGGCCUAUGAUGGGUGGCCCCGCCUCUGGAGCCCCAGGUGCCCCUGGAGCCAUGCCUCUGCCCAUGGGAGCACAGCCUGGCUUUGGCAUGGCCUCGGCAGCUGGAUCUGGAGUUUCCAUGAUGCCUCCCAUGAUGAUGGGCCAGCCAAUGAUGGGUCAACCCAUGAGACCACCCCUGCCAGGAGCUGCAGCACCAGGGGCACCGCUGUCUCCAGGACCUGCUGCCACCCAGAGCAAAAAGCCCAAGGACCCACUGGCAGACCUCAACCUCAAGGAUUUAAUGUAACCCAACAGCCCAGCUCUUGUUUUUCUGGAGUUGGGCCCUCUGGCUGCCUGUCUUAUUUUGGCAUUCUGUACAUCCCGGGACACCAGAGACCCUCCUCGGCUACUCACCCAUAGGAGACCCCCUUCCUCCGCUCCACCCCCGCCCCCUGUGUAAUGUUGUAGCACAAACUGUGAAAGUGAAACCUUAGUGAGAAAAAAACAAGUGUGUGCUUAACUAGAUGUAACCCUUUGUCUAAACAAAACCACACAAAACCUACAAAAAAAUGUCUAUAAAAGCAAGUCAGAAACCCGAGCAGAAGCUGAACGCGUAUGUGCUGUAUGUAUUUAGAUCAUUUUUUUCCAGUAGUGUUGGCGUGUUGAGUUGAAUGAUGGAUGCGUGUUUGUUUGGUGCCCUCAGCUCCACCUUCAGCCCUGCACUGGCCUUCUGAUCACUCUAGAGGGGGAGGGGCUUCCACCCUGCCUCACCCUGAUUGGAUAAGAGGGGUAAGCAAAGCAGCCCCGUCAAUUUUGGAUGAAAUGUGCAAUGUGUCGUUCACAGAAGUUCUUCUUCGGUGGUGUAUAUACAUUACACUGGGAAAUCUCUAAGGAUUUGUCUCUACUCUGUACAGUAUGUCUGUGGAAGAGCAUAUUGAUGUGAAUCUGAUAUCAAAUUGUAAGAAGUCAUGUGACCAUUAUCUUAUUUCCUUUCAUCUUUUGAACGUAUUUAGAAACAAAUAUGAUAUGAAUAUAUGAUUAAUAUAAAUAAGCAACAUGUACGGGCUCCUGAAUCCUAAAUUACCAUCCAAUAUUUUUUUUAAUGAUGUUCAGUAUAUUUAUACGUUUUUUUUUUGUCAGCGUUUAUUUUUCUAUUUAUUUAUUUUUUAGAUUUGGGGCGUCAUGUCCAGCUUUAUUUGUACUUCCUCUCUCUGUUGACAUUGUUUGUGAAUCUGCUGUAAAACGUUUUCGGAUAUUUUUAUCAACAGAUCAUAUCUUACCGCCUAUUUUCAGAGAAAAUGUGUUUAUAUUUGAGUUAUUCCUAUUCAAGAGGAAGGUCAAACAAUGCAUACCAGGAGCCAAAUCUUGCCAGUAUCUCAUAUCUCAAUGCAGAGGAGAACAGUCUUUUCUUAAACCACUAAAACAAGUUGUGUACAGUAAGUCUACUUCCUGGUAUCACCGGCACUCUCCCUAUGGACCUAUCACUGUCCUCCUCGUCAGUGGUCUGCUGUUUGAUUUUCAUAAUUGCUCGUACUUUAUUGUUAUCAUUUUUACUAUGACUAGACCAUGGUUGGUACUGGAUAUGUAGUGUUAUUUUUGUAUUUGAGAAGAAACAGAAACAUCCUUAUCGCCCUGGUCCCCCCCCCCCCCCCCCCCACCCUAGAUGUUGUUACAUGUUUCUGUUCGGUUUCCUCCUGCCUUGUUAGUGAAUCAGUAAUAUUGUACAUGGUAACAUGGGCGGAGCGGAGAGCCUGUGUAUACCCAGUCAGAAGAGGACACUGUUGAACAGUGUGCAUUCCAUGUAUAUCUAGGCAGCUGUUUAGAACCAGUGAAACCAGUCCUGUGCCGUAUAACCCCCAGAUAUAACAAAUACUGUGUUGUGUCAUUGCGAGACUGUUUCGACAAUUGUUGUGGGGAAAAAAAUAUGGAUUUCAAAAAAUGGGAAAACAUCAUCAUUUUCAUUAUUGAGUUACAUUAUUAUUUUAUUAUUAUUAUUUACUAUGCCCCUCCCCAGUGCAUGUAAGCCCUUUUAGAUGCAAUAAACUCAAUGAUGGAAAGAAUGGACCAUUACUGAUAGCCCAUCUUUUUCUUAUAUUGAUAGAUCAGAACAUGGACGCAUUGCAUUUUUAAUCCGGUGCACUAAAUGUCAUGACAUAGGAAUGACAUCAAUAGGCGUAACCUGGGUUGUGUUCAUUAGGGCGCACAAUUGAAAACAAUUUUAAAAUGUAAAUGACUGUUUCUUAUUGGACAAGUCCAAGAAGUGCCUAAUGAUCAUGACCCUGGCUACAGGCAUAGAUGUGUCAUGGAUACAUACAGUACAUCACUUCUCCUCAUGGUAAACACACAUACAAGUUGUAAUCUUGGUUUAGUUGUUGUUUUUUCAAUCAUGGUGAAAUGUUAUUCAUUUUAUUGUGUUUGGUCAUCAAUGGCAAACUCGUAUACAUUGUGGUACAUAAUAAACAAGAUGCAUCAGCAUGAA